GUUCCAUAUAUUUAUUAAUACUCCCACCUUUGACACGAGUUCACAUUUCAAGUUCAAGUUGUUAGAUCAACAUCUCCUCAACACAAAUUGCAGCUGGAGUGGAGGACCACCAUGGCUUUCAACUAUACUGCCAAGGAUAAAAAGAAAACAGUAGAUCAAUCUAUGUUACUAUGCUGCAAGUUCUUUAUUUCAGAAGGACGCAACAUUGCUACUCUUGAUGCAGUCGAACGAGUAGCGAGGUCGAACCCAGAGACUGUCAUUGUGAACAAAUUUCAUGACAGAACUUACAAUAGGGCACGGUACAGUCUUGUAUCGUAUGUUUUGCAUGACUGCACAGGAAAUGCCAUAUAUAGUCCCCUGCAACAAACUGUGGUGGCUAUGGCUGAGGCUGCAUUCAAUUCGAUCAACCUUGAAUUGCAUGAUGGAGCUCACCCACGUUUAGGCGCAGUUGAUGACAUUGUUUUCCACCCACUUGCUCGCGCGUCAAUGGAUGAGGCAGCGUGGUUGGCAAAAGCUGUCGCGGCAGAUAUUGGCAACCAAUUCAAUGUACCGGUAUUUCUUUAUGCUGCGGCACACCCAACAGGAAAAGAACUUGACAAAAUAAGACGAGAACUUGGUUAUUACCGGCCUAAUGUCACGGGAUUCCAAUGGGCAGGAUGGACUAUGCCAGACAUCCUGCCCCAAACACCGGAUGAAGGACCUAUUGUUGUUUCAAGAGCCAGAGGCAUCUCAAUGAUAGGUGCACGCUCUUGGGUCACACUCUACAAUAUACCAAUCUUGUCCACCGAUAUAUCGGUGGCAAGAAAGAUUGCAAGGAAGGUUAGUGCUCGUGGUGGCGGGCUUCCUACGGUGCAAACACUCGGAAUUGUUUGCGAAGAUUCCACUGAAAUAGCUUGUAUGUUGUUGGAGCCUAACCAAAUUGGAGCUGAUAGGGUGCAAAACUUGGUUGAGAUGUUAGCAGCACAAGAAGGAUUGGAUGUAGAAAAAGGAUACUUCACUGACUUUUCUCCAGAAAUGAUAAUAGAAAAAUACAUGAACUUAAUAUCUGCUAAUAGAUCAUCUCCAUAGCUAAUUAUACUUUUAGAUGAAGAAUAAAAUCCAACUAUUUAUUAAUUGGCAUUGCAAUUCAGUAAAUAAAAAUAAGUUGUAAUUGACUAAAUGGUUGGAUGGAAAACAGAGUCAAGUACUUCAAAAUGGUUGUAGAGUGUUACAUCUAACUUUGAAUAUGGAGUAUUAACUUAUUGCGAUGAGUGUAUGAUUUACGUCUUACUCUUAUCUUACUUCUGGUAUUACAUAUUCAGG